AUGACUCUUAAAAGGAAAUCCUUCCGGCUAAGGAUUCCGUGGCCGUUUGCGCCUAUCGGCCAGCCGAGUACUGAACGGCCGGGCCGUCCGAAAGGCAAAACAAAAUCUACCAAAGAUUCAGACACAGAUGUACCAAUUCAAAGAGCACCUUCACCACCACCUAAGCCUCCAAUAAUAGAGAUUCCUGAAAAACCAACAACUACUUCUGUGAUGAUUGAAUCUUCGAUUCCUUCUCCAUCAAAAGCUUCAACACCAUAUCACACCCCACAACCUUCUCCAUCCAAAACUUCAACCCCAUUUCACACUCCAUCACCAUCACCAUUACUCCAACAUUCUAUAGUGUCCUCUUCUCCCAAGACUCCACCAAAGCUUGCUACCCAAGAAACCACAAGGCCUGAACAAGAAGAGGAAAACAAGGAUGUCUCUGAGCCAAAGAUAAUGUCAAUUGAGCCUCAAGACUCUCAGCAACAAGUCUCUAAAACCGAACCAGCUUCUAAUCAACCUCCUACUUCUCAAUUGCCUCCAUUAGCAGAGCCAACCAGCGAGACGUUAAAGCGCAACACUGAAGAAAGAACUCUGGCUGCAUUGCCUGAUUCUGAAGAGGAAGAAGAGAAGAUUGUAGAGGCAGUGUCUGAGUUUGAGCCUGUGCCUCAAGAAACCGAAACAAAAGCAAAGUCACCUUUGAAAAGCAUCCCCAAUUCACCUCAGAUGCCAACACAGCCUCCAGAUUUCAAAUCACAAACUUCUUUUAAGCCUUCAUCUCCAGUUUCUACAACCGAACCAACCUUUGAUGAACCUCCACCUCCUCAAUUACCUCCUUUAGCAGCGCGAACCGGCGAGGUGUUAAUGCGGGCUGCUGACGAAAGAACUCUGCCUGCAUUGCCUAGUUCUCAAGGGGAAGAAGAGAAGAUUGUAGAGGCAGUGUCUGAGUUUGAGCCUGUGCCUCAAGAAACCGAAACAAAAGCAAAAUCACCUUUGAAAACCAUCCCCAAUUCACCUCAGAUGUCAACACAGCCUCCAGAUUUCAAAUCACAAACUUCUUUUAAGCCUUCAUCUCCAGUUUCUAAAACCGAACCAACCUUUGAUGAAUCUCCACCUCCUCAAUUACCUCCUUUAGCAGCACGAACCGGCGAGUUGUUAAUGCGCGCUGCUGACGAAAGAACUCUGCCUGCAUUGCCUAGUUCUCAAGGGGAAAAAGAGAAAAUUGUUGAGGCUGUGUCUGAGCUUGAGCCUGUGCCUCAAGAAUUUGAACCAGAAACCUCUUUUAAGUCUUCAUCUCCAAUUUCUAAAACUGAACCAACCUUUGAUCAGCCAAGUAUUCAAGAAAGCACUUUGCCUCCAUUACUUGCCUCUCAAGAAACCGAAUCAAAAGCUGUCUCUUUUCAUCAUGAACCAACCUCUGAUCAAUCCCCUUUGGCGUUGCUGAAAGAAGCUGAGCUGAAGAUGAAGUCACCAUUGAAUACCAUCCCAAAGUUGCCUGAGGAAUCUUCUAGACAUGAAAUGGAACAAACAACAUCGACAGAAAAGAAGUUUGAUUUGCAUGGUGCUGCUGAGAGUUCCAAGCCCUCUUUGAAACCACAAAGCAAGUUACUUGAGCCUCAAGAAAAGGAGAAAGAGGUGCAUGAACAUGUUAAAGCAAGAAAAUCCAAAGGCAGAUCCACUAGCCAACCAAUUCUACAUACCAUAGCAUCUAGUUCAGGAACAAAGAGCAAUAAGGAUCCAUUCUCUGAGGUGUUUCGUCCGCGAUGCAGAACACAACAAGUAGUAGAGAGAAACUUGAUGUUUGCAACUUCCAAGUUUAUGUCAAGCAUCUCACCAGAAAAGGCUGCAUUUCAUAAAGGCAUCGUAGGCGAGGUUUCGAAGUUUGUUCACAAACUAUCCACUGAGGAACAAACACAGGUUGUGACACUGGCUGGGGAGAACAGAGGAGCCACAAUGGAAGUUGAGAAUUUGGCGAAGAAUGAGGCCGAUGAGGCCGAAGAGGUCGAGCCGGAAGAGAGCUCCCAGGUAAUCACAGACAUGGAUGGAAACACUGAGAAAGAUUUAACCAAGGAUGAUGCAUUUGGGAUGGCUUAUGUCAACAGCAACAUUCAAAGUAUCAACAAUUCAGUGAUGGUUCAUGGUUCAAUCACCUAA